CAUAGGUGGCGCGCUUAUGCUAACGAAAUGUCAAAUCUGAAAAGAAGUAGUGGCAACUUAAUAAAAAUGAACUUCCUCUUUUUCGAUACGUUCUCGUCGGUGACUAUUUGUCAAAAAUUUUCACAAAAUAAAUCCUAGCCAUGGUGCGUAUGAACGUAUUGGCCGAUGCCCUCAAAUGCAUUAACAACGCUGAAAAGCGCGGCAAGCGUCAGGUUCUCCUGCGUCCCUGCUCAAAAGUCAUCGUCAAGUUCUUGACCGUGAUGAUGAAGCACGGAUACAUUGGAGAGUUCGAAAUUGUCGAUGACCACAGAUCAGGAAAGAUCGUCGUCAACUUGACCGGCAGAUUAAACAAAUGCGGAGUCAUCUCCCCACGGUUUGAUGUCCCAAUCAAUGCCAUUGAAAAAUGGACAAAUAAUUUGCUGCCAUCCCGUCAGUUCGGUUAUGUUGUGCUUACCACAUCUGGUGGUAUCAUGGACCACGAAGAGGCCAGGCGAAAACACUUGGGAGGAAAGAUCCUUGGAUUCUUCUUUUAAGUAAUUUUAAACACAAAAAUAUAAAAGAUUUUUUACAACA